GGUCACCAGAGGAGGAAGAGGAGCUGGGUGUGGAACCAGUUCUUUGUCCUGGAGGAGUACGGCGAAGACGAGCCGCUGUAUGUGGGGAAGCUCCACUCUGACAUGGAUAAGGGUGACGGUCAGGUGAGGUAUGUCUUGAACGGUGAAGGAGCAAUGUCCAUCUUCACCAUCGAUGAGAAUACAGGAGACAUUCACGCCACCAAGAGGCUGGACCGGGAGCAGCAGGCAUACUACUCCUUGAGAGCUCAGGCUCGAGACCGAAAAACCAACAUGCCAGUGGAACCAGAGUCCCAGUUCAUCAUCAAAGUCCAGGACAUCAAUGACAACGAGCCCAAGUUCCUGGACGGACCGUACACUGCUAGGGUGGCUGAGGGGUCUCCUGUAGGUACGUCGGUGGUGACGGUGGUGGCGACAGAUGCUGAUGAUCCGACUUAUGGAAACUCUGCCAGACUGGUUUACAGCAUCUUGCAGGGUCAGCCAUACUUCUCUGUGGAGCCAAAGACAGGUGUGGUGCGGACGGCUCUUCCUGACAUGGACCGGGAGGUGCGGGAACGUUACCUGCUGGUCGUCCAGGCCAAAGACAUGAUUGGUCAGAUGGGAGGUCUCUCAGGAACCACCUCCGUCACGGUGAUACUGACCGACAUCAAUGACAACCCGCCUCGCUUCCCCCACAAGAGCUACCAGUUCACAGUUCCAGAGUCUGUACUGGUGUCAGAUGUGGUUGCCAGGAUCAAAGCUCUGGAUCUGGAUGUUGGUCCGAAUGCUGAGAUGGACUACAGGAUCCUGAAUGGAGACGGACUGGGAACCUUCAGGAUCGUCACCGAUCCAAACACACAGGAAGGACUCCUCACUUUACAGAAGACUCUGGACUUUGAGACCAAGUCGAGCUACGUGUUGCACGUUGAGGCGUCCAAUCGUUACGUGGACACUCACUUCCUGUCAACGGGUCGGUUCAGCGACGUGGCGACGGUUCGUCUACUGGUGGAGAACGUGGAUGAGCCUCCGGUCUUCUCCUCCCCCGUUAGUCGGAUGGUGGUCUCUGAGGACGCUGCGGUAGGAACUGAUGUGGGAUCAGUUUCAGCUCACGACCCUGACGCAACCGACAACCCCGUCAGGUACUCUAUUGACAGGAAGUCGGACGUGGAGCGGUUCUUUAACAUCGACAGCAGCUCAGGUCUGAUCCGGACCGCCAGACGUCUGGACAGAGAGACCAUCGCUCUGCACAACAUCAGCGUCCUCGCCACAGACAGCCUGGAUCGGUCUCAGGUGGGGAAAGCUGUGCUUCUGAUCUCUGUGACGGACGUUAACGAUAACGCUCCGAGCUUCGCCAUGAAGUACGAAGCCUUUGUCUGUGAGAACGCAGAACCCGGACAGAUUAUUGAGACCCUGAGCGCUGUGGAUCGUGAUGAACCAGAGAACGGACAUCACUUCCUGUUCUCUCUGCCCGCCGAGGCUUCUGGGAACUUCAGCUUCAUCCUGAGAGAUAAUAAAGACAACACGGCGUCUGUCCUGACUCGGAAGGGUGGUUUCCUGCGGCGGGAUCAGCCGGUUCACUUCCUGCCGGUGGUGAUUUCAGACGGCAGCAGUCCGUCUCUCAGCAGCACCAACUCGCUGUCCAUCACUGUCUGCGACUGCGACGCCCACGGAAACCGCCGCUCCUGCAGCCGGCGAGCGGCGCUGCUGCUGGUCGGCCUCAGCUCCGCCGCCGCUGCCACGGUCCUCACCUGCAUCCUCGUACUACUGGGUGUCAUCGUGGUUGUAGCAGCUGUCAGACGCAGUAGGAGGGAGCCUCUGAUGAUGGACGACGAGCGGGACAUUCGUGAGAACAUUGUUCACUACGAUGAUGAAGGCGGCGGCGAGGAGGACACCGAGGCCUUCGACAUGUUCGCUCUGAGACACCUGAACAAACCAAACCCACCCCGCCGAGACCCCGACAACAACCUGCCGGGACUCCUCGCCAAAACCCCGGAGUACAGGGCGGAAAGGAACAUGCUGUUCCAGGAGUUCAUCAGGAACAGGCUGCAGGAGGCAGAUGUGGACCUGACGGCGCCCCCCUAUGACUCUCUGCAGACCUACGCCUUCGAGGGCAAUGGGUCCACUGCGGAGUCACUGAGCUCGUUAAACUCAUCAGAGUUUGAGCAGAAUUACAACUUCCCGACAGAGUGGGGGCCGAGGUUCAGGAAGCUCGCAGACCUGUACGGAGAGCAUGAGGGAGGGGGGGUCGCCUUGUAG